AUGAGGCUUCUUUCCCUAAUUACUCUAUUAACUUUCUUAUUCGGAAGUUCCGAAUCGGUGAAAUGUAUGGAUUGUGUUGGAAUAGAUUGUAUGGGUUCAUUCUGCUACGGGGAAUAUUGCGUUAUCUCCAAUUAUGCUCCACGAUGGGGAACAGUUGAAUGGGGACAUCCAGAAGUUGUUAAGGGAUGUAUGAAUGGAACUCUACUUCGAAGUGAUAUUCGUGACCAUUGUGAGGUUGCAGACAUUGAUGACGAUCCAUUUACAUGCUUCUGCAAUGGGCACCUUUGUAACGGAAAAAACACCAGAAAGUUAGAGAAAGAAGUAGUUGAGCUGGUAACUUGCCGAUGCUCUGGAUCCCAUUGCCGAGGAAAGUCAACAUGCUCUGGAGAAAUGUGCAGUUAUGUUAUUAACCACCGCACAAAGGAGAUCGAACAAGGAUGUGUAAACGCGACAGUUCCCCUUGUGGAGAGAAGAUCUUUGGGAGCAUGCAUGAUCCCUCCAAUUACUGGAGCUAUGCACCACACUGUUGCGAAGGACGCAGAAUCUUUGUUAUCAACUGAAAGUUGUGUUUGCGGAACUGACUUCUGUAACGCAGAGAAACCUAAGCCCAAAGUCCCAGAAAGACAAAAAUGCCAAGCAUUUGUCCGAGCUAGCGUGAUGGGUAACGCGAUGGCUUCCCGUAACACUACUUGCAGAGGAGAAUUCUGUUUCAAAGCCAGUAUCAAAAGUAAACUAGGAACUAUGACUGAAUACCACACUAUCGGCUGCGCAUCCUUCACAGGAGAUGAUGAACUUCCCGAGGAACUAAACCCAACCGGAUGUGCUCAAUUUAAUAAUGACGAUUUGUCCGUUAGUGCUUGCUUCAAGACCGACGAUCAAGGAGCCAUAAAUCGAGUUAGAGCUCAGCAAAGAGUUCCAGAGCCAAGACAGCGAAAGGGCAAAUCGAGACCUAAACCUAAGGAAACCGUCAUGGAGGUUGAGUACGGAGACGAUGACGAUAAUGCGGAAGAAGUUGUCGACGAAGAUGACGAUAUGGACGAGCCAACUCAGAAACCAAGAAAACAACAGAAAGUUGUAGAAGAAGCAAAGGAAGAAAGAGUAAAGGAAGAACCUAAACCAGAAACGACUACCGCUCAGUCUUUCAUUUUCCAAAAUCCUACCCAGGCUCCUAUUCCGGAUGAUUCCAAUACUACUAUGGUAACUGUAUUCAUACUCAUCAUGCUUUGUAUUGUUGUGUCUGGAGCAGUUUGGAAGCUUGAAUUACACAAGAAGCUGUUCCGAGCCAAUUAUGAUUCCGUGGCUGGUGGAUAA